UUCUUUUUUUUAAUUUUUAUUGUUACUUUUUCAGCGUGUCAAUGAACGACCAUCUAGACUUUUACCAUGACUGCAACGAUGUUACCAGAAUAGAUGCUAUUGAAUCUCUAACGGAAUACGGAUCGAAACUUAAAUUCAAACCAAAAGCAAAAGUUAUUGAAGUAGGAUGCGCUGACGGCAGCGUUUCUAACAUCCUUUUCCAACAUUUGCCCAAGGACAUAGAGCUUUUGCUAUCUUGCGAUAAAAAUGAGAAAGCGGUACAGUUUGCCAAGGAGCACUACAAAAAUAACAAAACAGCUUAUAGGGUAUUAGAUAUAGAAGGCGACCUGCCGGAGGAUUUAAAAGGGAAAUUCGAUAAUUUCAUCUCAUUGAUGACGUUCCAUUGGGUCCCUCAACAGGAAAAAGCAUUUCGAAACGUCUACGAUCUUCUGGCUGAGGACGGAGAAUGUUUUUUGACCUUAAAAUCGUAUUCACACAUUUACCAUAUGUUUGUAUUACAAUCAAAAUCAAGAAAAUGGGGUCCGUUCAUGAAGAAUAUGAAAAACUUUCUGUCGCCGUACUACGAUUUGUCGAUGCCGGAUCAACACAUAGCAAAAAUAUUAAAGAACGUCGGUUUCAAGAAUAUUGACGUAAGAUCUAAACAGAAAAUGUACACAUUUAAGAACUUGGAGAAGUUUAGGGGACUCAUGAUCGGAGUGAAUCCAUUUAAAGUUCCUGAGAAUGAAUUUGAAAAUUACAUUGACGACCUCAUGGAAACAGCACGCACGCUACGUAUUAUUGAUGAGGAAAACGGCACGUUGUCUUUCCUGUUUAAUAUGAACAUUGUUCAUUGUACUAAAUAAACAUUCAUUAUGUAGUUAGUCACUAAUUAUAAACUGUCUUCAUAAAGAGGACCUUUGCUGUAAAUGUUUAUUAUUUUGUUUAAGCACGAACUUAAAAAUAUAUUUUUUACGACACCUU